UGCUAGGGAAAGGUUGUUAUUGAAAUUUACCCCCUAUAUAAAAUAACCCUUCCAUAGCCGAACCAACCAGUAGUGACACAUUUAAUUUGUGUUAUGAUCUGGCUUGAGACAGAGAUGGAAAGAAACAGUCGCAGAAACUACGUCAAUUAGGAAAGACAGAUUAACAACGAUUUGUUUAAACUGAUCUGAGUCAUGGAUAAGAAAAACAGAAACGGAGAAUAUUCUCCUCCGGCGGAACAGAAUAAAGAUGACCAGGAUACAGAAUGUGGCAUGGGGUCAUGUGAACCAACUAAACUAAAAUGUUGUGCGACCAUGGGAUGUUUUACCGCUGUAUAUGGUCUGUCAGGACUUGUGACAUCAUCUUUACAGAUCUAUAUCAAUUCUCAGAUUACGACAAUCGAGAGACAGUUCGGUUUUAGUAGUUCUGUUAGUGGAUUAAUUCUGUCAAGUAACGAUAUAGGUUAUCUUUUAACCACACUGUUUAUGAGUUAUAUUGCCAGAAAAACACAUAUCCCACGUGUUUUAGCCUUAUCCACCAUGUUUUUCGGAUUUUCGGGACUUAUUUGCAGCAUUCCGCACUUCAUGGAUAUGGAUAGCUUUCGACUGAGUUACCGAGAGGGAAAUAUAACUACAAUGACAGCAAGUCCUCUACAAAGUGGAUCUCUUUGUUUGAAUAAUACUUUUAGUGGUGUGAACGAGACGCUUCUUCAUUGUGGAACAACUGAAAAUAUUAAUAAAAACGCCACCAUAAGAACCGUGGCCAUAUUGUUAUUAUCGAUAGGGAUGUGUUUACAGGGUUUCGGUAAAUCGCCUAGAUAUCCUUUCCUGGCAACCUAUGUUGAUGAUAAUGUCGAACAAACAAAGACCCCACUUUAUCUCGGUAUUAUAUCAAGUGUGGGAAUAUUUGGGCCAGCUCUAGGUUUUACGCUAGGUGGCGUCUUCAGUAAAAUUUAUGUAACACUCGAAGAAACCAACAUGUCUCUUAGAGAUCCAAGAUGGAUAGGCGCAUGGUGGCUAGGAUUCUUAUUUUUCGGUUCGAUUGGUGUAAUAGCAGGAAUCCCGCUAUUAUGUUUUCCAAGAAAGAUGAGAAGUCGACCAAAAAAUCUAGACAAUCUAAAAACCAAAAAAGCAGUGAAAUCCAAUAACAAAUGUGCAGAAUUGAAAGGAUUAUUUAAGUCGAUUUUUCGUCUGUUGAGCAGCCCUAUCUAUAUGUGUUGUACUUUAUCUACAUGUGUUAUAUUGUUCUCCAUCAGCGGCAUGUUGGCCUUUUUACCUAAAUAUCUUGAAUCACAUUUUCAUAUACCAACCUGGAAGGCCAAUGUUCUAUUAGGUACCGUAAAUGUUUUUGGAGCUGCAAGUGGUGCUUUAACUGGCGGUAUUUUAACGUCGAAAUUAAAACUGACACCCAUGACGUGCUUAAAGCUGGUUACUGGAGUCACCUUUUUCUCGUCGUUUAUUAUAGCUACUGGGUAUUUUAUAACAUGUCCUAAACCAGAAAUCAAUCAGGGAUUAUCAAGAACUUAUAUAACUACCAAGGAGUACAAUACAACACAGUGUGAUAUAGAUCUAUGUGGGUGUGAUAAUGAGAGAUAUUUCCCAGUUUGUGGCUCUGAUAAUCAAAAUUAUUUUUCACCGUGUCAUGCUGGCUGUACUAUUAACGAUAAUAUGUUGUUUACCAAUUGUUCGUGUAUUGAAGAUGAAAAAUCUACGGCAGAACCAGGUUUAUGUGUAGGAGAAUGUCCUUUAAUAUGGCCAUAUGUCGCCUUUAACUUUGUCGGUGCCUUUGUAUCGACUUUGAUAAUAUUACCAAACUUCGUUAUAUCCGUCAGAAGUAUCAAAGAAUCCGAUAAGCCGUUAGGAAUCGGCAUGUCAGCUUUCUUAGCUACAUUACUAGGUUGGUUUCCGGGACCGGUGGUUUAUGGGAAGAUCAUUGAUACCACGUGCUUGAUUUGGUCUGACACGUGUACAGGAAAGGGGGCGUGCAGUAUGUAUGAUAUAGAUGACCUGAGAGUGAAAUACCAUACAUUAUUUGUCGGUGCUCGAUGUAUUGCAACCCUGUUCUAUGUGGUUGCUCUUAUUAUUGCUUUAAAGAAGAAACAACCAUUUUUCGUGGACAGAAAAGAUAACCCUGCGGAGAUGGAAAUGAUGAUCGUAAAGAAAAAUGAUAUACUCAAAACAAAAGGAACAAAAGUUUAAAGACGGCCGACAUUCAAAAUUAAUUUUCAUAUUAAUUGUGGACGUUAUUGGGUACUUAAAUUACCGUGCGGUUGAUUCUAAAGUGUUAAUGAAAAUGGCAAGACUAAUUUAUGUCUGUUGACUACCAAUAUUUGCCAUAGGGAAUCCUUCAUUCACAGAUGAUUGUGGAAAUUCUAGUUGCUUCCUUUGAUUUAUGCUCUUUGUAUUGAUAAUUCUUUGGCUGUUUACCGUUUUACCGUUAAUUUGAGAUAUCACCAGUUACUUCCCUUGAGUUGAGAAUGGUUUCAGACCACCAAUUUUUUGCCUAUUGACGUCACUGUUAAAUAGCUGUAACAUUACAGACUGUAGCGUUUUGUUUAACAUUCCGUUGGUUCCAAUUUGUAUAGGCACAAAGGGGACCGCAUUUGGUAAUCUCUGCAUCAUACUUUAGUAGGGGGUUGACUGUUUAGAUUUUUUGCUAUGAGGAUUUGAUGUUGACUGGGGUCAAGAAAUGAAAAAAAAAGUCAACCGAAAAAAUGCAGAAAAGAGUAGAUAACAAUUAAAGGAAAAAUUGUCUAUUUAUAACUCGCACUACAUCAUGGAAUAAGGGGAAAUAAUUACCGACCUUGGGCCAUAUCUGAAAGUACAUCCCUUGGAUUAAUCGUGUGUCGCAACAUGAAGGCUAAUACUGGCAUGAAAUAUGACGUGACAGUCACUGUCUUCUUUCAUAUAGUUCGUCAUAUAACCAGUAAGUUCCGUCUUAAUAUCUUAGAAAAAUACAGUAAAUGCAAAUAUAUUUUUUUAUAACCAUAUAUAAUACCUAUAUUAUUAUAAUAACAAAUAUAUUCCUAAUCAUUAUUUACAAUUUUCUACUAUUUACUAUUUUUAUUGAUGAUACUCUAAUCCAUUGAUUCGAGAAAUAAACAAUUUUAA